AUGUUUGAGGACGUACAACGUUCCUCUGAAGUGGUACAGGAAUCCACUCCUACCGCUUGUAUAGAAGUUGAAUGUAAUGAUACUAAAGUGCGACAGGAUAUAGAAUGCCCACAUAAGAACAAGAAGGGAUUAUUUAAAGUUUCAAAUUUGCGGAAAAAAGUGAGAAAUUUUAAAAAGAAAGUGGGAAUUAAUUAUUGCGAAGACUGCGCAAGGCUCGAUCCACCCGAACAACGACCAUCGAUGUGGAUAUGCGUCACUUGCAGCUAUUCCGGUUGUGAUGAAAAAAAUCACACUUUAAAUCACUUUAGAGCAUCGCGCACUGGCACGGAGCAUCCGCUUUUCUUUGCUGUGGAAGGCAAACAAUUCCGGUGCUUCAGCUGUGAAAAAAGAAUUGAUGUUGCUGAAGAAGAAGGUGGUUCAGUAAAAGCUUUUAUUAAUGAUUAUAAUUCUUUCAUAAAACCAAAACUGAAGACUGAUCCAUCAGAAUCUCAGUUAAUGAAAAGUAAUAACACGAAAAGAAACUCUUCAAUAAUUGGAAAAAUUGAUUCGAAAAAGAAAGAAAAUAGUAACGAAAAGUGUUUAACAAAAAGUAAAAUGAAAAACAAUGAGAAGAAAACAUUGCUUCCAGUAAAGGGCCUCGGUAAUCUUGGAAACACUUGCUUUUUUAAUUCGAUAACUCAGUGCCUUCUUCAUACUCAUACUCUUGCUGUGUAUAUCGAUUUGGUUGGUAAAGAAGACAAUAUCGAACUCAUGCAGAACAAAGUUUUAAUUGGUGACAGGCAAGUGCAGGUACCACAUGUAUAUUUGUCUCUGGCUUCAUUUGAUGGACCGUUAAAUAAUAUUUUUGCGAAUUUCAUACGCGAUUUCAAAGCUGGACUACCUGUCCAUCCUUCUUCUUUAUUCAGUGAAAUAGCCAGGAAAGCACCACGUUUUCGUGGUUGGGCGCAACAGGAUGCUCAUGAAUUAUUACGGUAUUUAAUGGACGGUCUCCGAACGGAAGAAAUUAACCGGUAUAAAGAAGCUAUUUCACGAUAUAUCAAACUAGCUAGAAAUGGAAAUCCUAAGUUGACGGAUAGUGAACUCUCUUUAUUGGCUAAAGGCAUGCUCAAAGCAUGUGGAAGGCCACUUAUUGAUGCUGUUUUUGGUGGCACACUUUUGCAAACAGUUAAAUGUUCGAAAUGUGGUCAUCUUUCUAAAACUUAUGAAGAUUUCUUGGAUCUUUCUCUUCCACUUCCGUCAACAUCAGCCAAAACAUUAUUUAAUGGAACCUAUAAGAUGCACAAAUCUGCUUCAAUGAGUUUAAGUAAACAUCAGAUAAAAAAGGAAAAAGCGAAUGCACGCAAAGGGAAAAUACGUCGAAAAUCACAUGAAGUCAUCCCACAUAAUGAUGAGAUUAAUCAUAAUGGGGAACGACUUCAUCUCAGUAAUGAUAUUAGCGAUGAAGACGUUCUUGAUGACGAUGAUGCUGAUCCAAAAACUGUUGACGGUGAUAUAUGUGAUGAAAUGAAUAAAAUUAACGUGAGUACUGAGCCAGAAGAUUGCCUGCAAUUGUUGGAUGGUGCAGAAGCUGUAGAGGAUGAACCACGUUCAUUAGCGUCGUGUCUUCGAGCUUUUACAAUAACAGAAUUUUUGUGUGGACCAAAUACUUAUGAAUGUGAAAAGUGCUGUGUUCCAUAUAACAAACAGCUUCGAAAUGGAAUGAAGAAAAGAACAGUUGAAGCUGAGAAGCGUUAUUUGAUUUAUGAGCCACCUCCUGUUCUAACAUUACAUCUUAAACGGUUUGAACAGACACAUUCAGUGAGUGGUCGAGUGAUCACGCGCAAGGUUCCUGGACAAAUUUCUUUUCCAAAAAUUCUUAAUAUUGCACCUUUUUGCACACAAAUAGCCAAGAGAAUCGAAAAAGGAUUAAAAAAAGUGUGCUAUUCAUUAUACGGUGUUGUUUCACAUUUUGGGGAUCUCUCAUCUGGUCAUUAUGUCGCAUUUAUUAAGAAUCGAUACCCUUCGUCGCAAACAGAAAAAUUUUUUUAUGAAUCUGCGAAUCUUUCGCCACCGGAUUCAGUGGUUACUUGUAGUGCUUCAGAAUUAAAGGAAAUAAUAGAGGGACCAUGCGAUGGCGAAUGGUACUAUGCAAGUGAUAUGAGUGUAAGCUCCGUAUCGGAAUCACGCGUACUUAGUACCGAAGCUUAUGUCCUUUUCUACGAACGAAUCCUUUAG